GCCGCCGCGACCAUGCCUGCUUGACUCCCGACCAUGGUCCCAGGCGCGCUCCGACUCUGCCCACCCUGAUCCGUCUGCAGACAUGCCAGGCCUCCCGGCCACCGUCGACCUCGAUGAGUGCAUUGCCCGGCUCUACAAGAAGGAGCUGCUCGCCGACUCGGUCAUCGAGGCCAUCUGCGCCAAGGCCAAGGAGCUGCUCAUGAAAGAGAGCAAUGUCGUCCACAUUGACGCCCCCGUCACCGUCGUCGGCGACAUCCACGGCCAGUUCUUCGACAUGAUCGAGAUAUUCAGGAUAGGAGGCUUCUGCCCGGACACAAACUACCUGUUCCUAGGCGACUACGUCGACCGCGGCCUCUUCAGCGUCGAAACCAUCUCUCUCCUCGUCUGCCUCAAGCUGCGCUACCCGCACCGCGUGCACCUGAUCCGCGGCAACCACGAGUCGCGCGGCGUCACCCAGUCGUAUGGCUUCUACACCGAGUGCUCGCGCAAGUACGGCAACGCCAAUGUGUGGCACUACUUCACCGACAUGUUCGACUUUCUCACGCUGUCGGUCGUCAUCAACAACCAGAUCUUCUGCGUGCACGGAGGCCUCUCGCCCUCGAUUCACAGCAUUGAUCAGAUCAAGAUCAUUGACCGCUUCCGCGAGAUCCCUCACGAGGGCCCCAUGGCCGACCUUGUCUGGAGCGACCCGGACAGCGAGCGCGAUGAGUUCAGCCUCUCGCCCCGCGGCGCCGGCUACACCUUUGGCGCCCAGGUCGUGAAGAAGUUCCUCGAGGUCAAUAAUAUGUCGCACAUCCUGCGCGCCCACCAGCUAUGCCAGGAAGGUUACCAGGUCCUGUACGACGAUCGCCUGAGCACCGUCUGGAGCGCACCAAAUUACUGCUACCGCUGCGGCAACAUGGCCUCUGUUCUCGAGGUCAGCGAUACCGGCGAGCGCUUUUUCAACGUUUUUGACGCCGCGCCGGAGAAUGACGUCCAUAGGGAACAACAGCAGCAACAGCAGGGCAAAGAGGUACAGACGGAGUACUUUUUAUAAUGCAUACAGUUAUUUUAAUGGGGAUAGAGGAACCAAAGAUACCUUAAAGAACAUCUCAAAUUCCCCAAUGGUAUUCUCAUACAGGCCAUCUGCCCGAGAUUUUAUGGGCAGUGCCGGCGUUUUGAGAAAGCGUCUUCCAGUCAUUGCUCGUUGAAUAGAUACGAUACCAAAGAUGCUGUUGUACGAAUAGUUACUUAACAAGUCGACGCGCUCCUCAGUGGAUUAGCGGCGCAAUUGCUGGCCUCAACGAGGUCUGAUCUAU